AUGAGCGCAUGUAGCAGGAAGGCCCUCACAUUGUUGAGCAGCGUCUUUGCAAUCAGCGGCCUGGGGCUUUUGGGGGUGGCAGUCAGCACAGACUACUGGCUGUAUCUGGAGGAGGGUGUGAUUAUGCCUCUGAACCAGAGCACUGACAUCAAGACCUCGCUGCACUCGGGCCUCUGGAGAGUCUGCUUCCUGGCUGUGCGCCCUCAAACAGGAACAAUUUUGUCUCUUUCUUCUUUAGGUGAUGAGUCGGGUCGCUGCUUUACCAUCGAGUACAUCAUGCCUAUGAAUGUCCAGUUGACCUCAGAGUCCACAGUAAACGUGCUGAAGAUGAUACGCUCAGCCACUCCAUUCCCUCUGGUCAGCCUGUUCUUCAUGUUCAUUGGAUUUGUCCUCAACAACAUCGGACACAUCAGGCCGCACCGCACCAUCCUGGCUUUUGUCUCUGGAAUCUUCUUCAUCCUUUCAGGACUGGCUCUGGUGGUGGGUUUGGUGCUGUAUAUCUCCAGUAUAAAUGAUGAAAUGCUGAACAGGACUAAGAGCAGUGAGGCCUAUUUUACCUACAAGUAUGGCUGGUCCUUUGCCUUUGCUGCCAUCUCGUUUCUGCUCACUGAGAGUGCAGGCGUCAUGUCUGUCUACCUGUUCAUGAAGCGCUACACAGCAGAGGAGAUCUAUCAGCCUCGCCACCCCAGCUUCUACCGGCCUCGCCUCAGCAACUGCUCGGACCACUCCGGCCAGUUCCUUCACCCAGAGGCCUGGUCACGUGGCCGGAGUGCCUCUGACAUAUCGAGUGAGGCUUCUCUUCAGAUGAGUGCAAGCUACCCUGCUCUCCUCAAAUGCCCCGACUACGAUCAGGUCUCCUCUUCACCCUGCUGA